AUGAGUGACAAAGCAGCAACUUCUGAAGUGAUUAGAGCACUACUGAAUGCACUUGGUGAUGAGAAUGAGUGUGUCAGAUGUUAUGCAUGUCUAGUUCUCGGGAAAAUGGGUGACAAGGCAGCAACUUCUGAAGUGAUUAGAGCACUACUGAAUGCACUUGGUGAUGAGAAUGAGUGUGUCAGAUAUUGUGCAUGUGAAGCUAUCUGGAAAAUGGGUGACAAAGCAGCAACUUCUGAAGUGAUUAGGGCACUAAGCAAUGCACUUGGUGAUGAGCAGGUCCGUGUCAGAAUGUCUGCAUAUAGAGCUCUCGAGAAAAUGGGUGACAAAGCAGCAACUUCUGAAGUGAUUAGAGCACUAAGCAAUGCACUUGGUGAUGAGAAUGACCAUGUUAGACAGCGUGUAUGUGAAGCUCUGGGAAAAAUGGGUGACAAAGCAGCAACCUCUGAAGUGAUUAAAGGACUACUCAAUGCAGUUGAUGAUGAGAAUGACUAUGUUAGAGAGCAUGCAUGUGAAGCUCUCGCGAAAAUGGGUGACAAAGCAGCAACCUCUGAAGUGAUUAGAGCACUAAGCAAUGCACUUGGUGAUGAGCAGGUCCGUAUCGGAAUUUCUGCAUGUGACGCUCUCGCGAAAAUGGGUGACAAAGCCCCCAACGUCUGA